AUGUCUGGGAGGGAAACACGGUCCGGAGGGGCCGUUCAGCAAUCUGGGCUCAGGGCCCCGUCUCCUAAGUCUCUGCGGAGAUCCCAGCGGAAAUCAGCCUCUGAUCUCCCGAGCAUCCUCCCUGAAAUAAGGAUGAAGGGAUCCCACGCGGCUCCAGUCAGAAAGCCCAUCGUUUUGAAGAAGAUUGUGGCCCAUGCCUUCGAGGGCCCAGCUGUCAACUCGCCUCGCAGGAGCUCUAGGAUUUCUUUUCUCUUGGAGAAAGAAAACAACCCUCCUAACAAGGAGCCCACUAAGGAAGAAUGUUUCAAGAUACAUCCUAGCCCAGUUACCCCAGCCACCCCAACCACUACUCCUGUGCAAAACCUGAACUCUGACUUCGACUCUGGAGAAGGAGACCUGGAUGCCAGAGAUUUGGAAAUGUCUAAGAAAGUCAGGCGGUCCUAUAGCCGGCUUGAGACCCUGAGCUCUGCCUCCACGUCCACCUCCACCCCAGGCCGCCAGUCCUGCUUUGGCUUUGAGAGUCUGCUAGGGGCAGAAGACUUGUCGGGAGUCUCACCUGUGGUGUGUCCAAAGUUAGUUGAGGUCCCCAGGGUCCCUGCGAAGCCUUGCACCCCAGACACAACUCUCCCUGGAAUCUCACCCCCGGUCGUGAAACAGAAGCGAAAGAAGAAAGUGCCGGAGAUCCUGAAAUCAGAGCUGGAUGAGUGGGCCGCAGCCAUGAAUGCUGAGUUUGAAGCUGCUGAGCAGUUUGACCUCCUGGUUGAAUGA